CUCAAGAGGCCGGAGAUAAUCGCUCAGAAAAUUCGGAGGCAGAGCAGAGGCCUGACCUCGACCCGCUCGGGCUCGAUUGGCCAACCUCCACUGGCGUCGGUAACGGUCGCGGAGGCGGGGCCGGAGGCGGUGGAGCGGAGCCGGGCCGGGCCAGGCUGGGCCGGGCCGGGUGAGAUGAAGAUCUAGUUUCGCACAUGAGACUCACUGGCCGAUCGUUUCAUUAAGAUCAUCUUGGAUGAGCAGGUGUGACGUGCAGGAGGAAAGAGCUAUGGCUGAGGCAACUCAGAUUUUUUUAUUGCCAAUCUCCACUUCUGAUUCCACUAUGUCUCCAGCAUCGCCUAAAGCCCAGCAGUCCAGUCAGUUAUCAGACAAACUCAUGGCUGAAAAGCAGCAGGAAGAAGCAGAAUGGGAGAACAUAAAUAUGCUGUUGAUGAAGCAUGGCUUAAAACCAUUGUGCCUGGUCAAGAGAAAAGAUCUUAAAGAGUUCAUCAUUUUUGACAAGCAGUCAUCACAAAGGAUGAGACAGAAUUUGAAAACGUUGGUAGAAGAAACAGCACGUCAACAGAGCAUGAUACAGGAGCUUAUAGAAACUAAUCAGCAGCUUAAAAAUGAACUUCAGCUAGAACAGAGCCGCGCAGCACAUCAGGAACAACGUGCCAAUGACUUGGAACAAAUUAUGGAGAGUGUGAAAUCCAAAGUUGGUGAAUUGGAGGAUGAAUCCCUAAAUAGGGUUUGCCAGCAGCAGAAUAAAAUAAAAGAUCUUGAAAAGGAGCAGAAAACUUUACAGGCAAAAUGCCAGCAUUAUAAGAAAAAACGAAUGGAACAACAAGAGACAAUUGCUUCUUUGCAAAAGGAUAUCUAUAGAUUAACAAAGGAGGAAGAAGAGCGCAUUUUCACUCAAAAUAGAGUGUUUGCCUAUCUCUGCAAGAGAGUUCCUCAUACCAUCUUGGACAGACAGUUGCUUUGCCUAAUUGAUUAUUAUGAAUCUAAAAUUAGAAAAAUCUAUACACAAAGGCAAUAUAAAGUUGAUGAAAGUCGAUCAGAAGAAGAGAAAGAAUACAGAAGCCUGAACGCCUCACCAACUUAUAAAGGCCUUCUAAUGUCCUUACAGAAUCAACUCAAGGAAUCAAAAUCAAAGAUUGAUGCCCUUUUAAGUGAAAAGCUAAACCUCCAGAAAGAUCUGGAAUCCAGGCCCACACAGCAAGAAUUACAACUAUAUAAACAACAAGUGAAGAAACUGGAAAAAGCCCUUAAGAAAAACAUCAAGUUACAGGAGCUUAUCCAUCCUAAAAAGACUGAAGAUACAGAGAAGGAUGAUCCCAGCAAAGAUAACCGGCAAAAGGCCCUGAUUGACCAAAGAUACUUUCAGGUACUGUGUAGCAUCAAUUCAAUUAUUCACAAUCCAAGAGCUCCAGUAAUAAUUUAUAAGCAGAGCAAAGGAGGAGCCCAGCAUUUUAAAGAUCUUGUUCAAGAUUGUGGAUUUGAGCAUCUUGUGCCAAUAAUAGAAAUGUGGGCAGAUGAACUGACAUCCCUAAAGUCUCACUUCCAAAAAUUAUUUGAUGUGCCUUCUUUAAAUGGAGUCUAUCCCCGAAUGAAUGAAGUUUACACUAGGCUUGGAGAAAUGAGCAAUGCUGUGAGAAACCUCCAGGAACUCCUAGAAUUAGAUAGUUCAUCAUCAAUGUGUGUGUUGGUAAGCACAGUUGGAAAACUGUGUAGUCUGAUUAAUGAGGAUGUGAACGAGCAGGUUAAGCAAGUAUUAGGACCUGAAGAUCUCCAGAGCAUUAUCAAGAAGUUAGAAGAACAUGAGGAAUUUUUCCCAGCAUUUCAGGCAUUUACCAAUGAUCUUCUUGAAAUCUUAGAAAUUGAUGACGUGGAUGCCAUUGUACCUGCAGUAAGGAAAUUAAAAGUACUUUCAUACUGAAAACAAAUCAAAUCAUUUUUACUGUGUAAAUUGCAUUCUUCACAUUCUAAGAAUUGUGUAGGAUUGAUCUUAUUUUGAGGCAAGGGUUAUAUAAUGUAUUUCCUCUCAGAAUUGAUCACCUCCUGAUUGGGUCACUCUCCAUCCAUACAGUUUUUAGUAACUUACAUUCUUAUACAACAAAUAGUUCUUAAGUUAUUGAAAGUAGUAAAUUCACUUUAGAUCCCUCAGUAAUUUUUUGUUAUUCUUGAGUGCUUAAAAUAUAAAGUUGUUUUAAAGUAGAGUUUUUAAGUAAAAUGAGAGAACAGUAAUAGAAAGGUUGGAUUUAAGUUCAGGGCUUUAGUGACUUUUGGGGUCAAGGCAGAAGUCCAGCCAGUGAAAGCUACUGUCUCCUGGUAAGGAUUAAUUGACACAUUAAGAUAUCCCUCAUGGCCAUUGUCAUUUCAAUGCAGGAAGGGCAAAAGGAAAAAAAGAAAAAAAAAUGUUACUGUGUUAGGCUAGAAAAUUAAUUAUGGGGUAAAAAUUUGAGUAGAUAACCCUCAUUUUUAAAAGUGUCCUUUUUUUGCAAUCUUGAUGUAAUGUACUUUUUUUUUUAUAAGGACCUAAGAUUUCAAAUAAAGUUUUUGUGAAUAAUUUCCAAACUUCAGUGUUCUUAGUGACUUCCUUGUGUUAUGGAGAGUCAUAUUCUGUUCCUAACCUGAGCCUUCCUUGACUACUGGUUGACCCUUUGCUGCACUUAACAUAAAGUACUUUUCUUGCUGGCUGCUACUUACUCUCCAUGCUUAAUAUUCAGUCUGAUUCUGCCUCACAUUCGUGAGUAUAAACCAUUUGGGCAACCCCUCGAGCUUCCCCUUUUUAAGCAAUAGACCUGGGAAGAAUUGGCAGGCGCUCUUGUGGGUUGGCAGGUAGAAUAUUGGAAAGCGUUUCCAGAAAGCAGCCUGGUGGAGUGGAGAGUAACUGUCAGUAGACAAGAAACCAGAGCCUUGGUGUUGUGACUGUGGGCUUAGGGAUAAGGCACAACAUAGUAUCCUUCUAGAUUUAAAAUUCUCCGUUAGCCUGCUGUUAGUUUUAAACAUGUGCCACAGUUUAUCAAAGAACCUGUGUUUUAAGUACCUCCAAUUGAUUAAAUUAAAUUGCUUUGAGAAAUUGCUGAGGCAGUUUGAAGUCUAGCAAUAUUUUAAAGGAAGAAAUGUGAUUAGAAAGUCAUUUUAACCUAAAAUUUAUCAGCUCAUUUAUGAGCCUGUGGUUAAUUCUUUAAAACAGUUUCCAAACUCUUCAGAGGCCACAGAGGUGUGUUUUUGUUUUUGUUUUUGUUUUUGUUUUUGAGAUGCCUCCAGGGCCACUCAGAGAACAGCUUUAGGCCCUCUCUCUUGGAUCCACUUUUAGACAAUUUUAGUUAUUUAAAAUAUAAAUAAUAAAAAUUAUGCAGUUAUUGAUUAGCAGUAUUCAAAUAUGAAUAUUUAAAAUCCAAGUGAUUCUUAAAACAGUUUGUUGAUGUAUAAGUGACCUAUGCUAAACUGUACAUAGUAAAGUAUAUAACUAGGUAAGUUCUGAUAUACACAUACACUGGUAAAACCAUCACCACAAUCAAAAUAAAACAUAACUAUCACACCAUGA